AUGGAGAAGUCCGUCGACGCUGUACACUUGGAAGACGUGCAAGCCUUGGGCGCCAAUCUUGCCGAGAUCUCUCACGACGGCAAACCUGUUUGGGAGCAACGCCAGACAUAUGGGCCGGCUGGCAUUCGCGGAUUGGCGACCUCGAAGUAUGUGCUGGCCGCUGCAGCAUUCUCCACCUUGGGUGGUAUGCUCUUUGGAUACGAUCAAGGUGUCAUGGCAAUCACGCUUACCAUGGACCAAUUCCUCACUCAAUUUCCUGAGAUCUCCAGCACCGCGGUCGGCGCCAGCUUCAACAAAGGACUGAUGACCGCGAUGAUCGAGCUCGGCGCCUUCUUCGGAGCCAUGAACUGCGGCUGGAUCGCGGACAAGUUCUCCCGAAAGUGGUCUCUUUUCAUUGCCAGUAUCAUCUUCAUCGUCGGAUCUGUCCUCCAAACAGCCGCCGUCAACUUUGAGAUGCUCAUCAUCGCUCGCCUCAUCGGUGGCUUUGGUGUUGGCAUGUGUGCUUGUCUUGCUCCCAUGUACAUCUCGGAGAUCGCUCCACCUGAGAUCAGAGGUACACUGCUUGUCAUCCAGGAGUUGAGCAUCGUCACUGGCAUCGUUAUCGCUUUCUACAUCACAUACGCCACUCGUCACAUCCAAAGCCACUGGAGCUGGCGUGGACCUUUCCUGAUCCAGAUGUUCCCGGCUCUAUGCCUCUGCGUUGGUGUCGUCUUCCUACCUUACAGUCCUCGCUGGUUGUGUGGCCAAGAUCGCGACGAAGAAUCUUUGAAGACGCUCAGCAGACUUCGAGGUGUUCCCGAGACUGACUCUCGUGUCCAACAAGAGUGGUACGAAAUCAGGUCCGAAGUGGCAUAUCGUCGUGAAAUCGAGCAGGAGAAAUACCCCCACCUACAGGAUGGAACUGUUUCUUCUACCAUCAAACUUCAGGCCAACAACUGGGCAGACACUUGGAGAGGCCGUAACUGGAGACGUACACAGGUCGGAGUUGGCCUCAUGUUCUUCCAACAGUUCGUCGGUAUCAACGCUCUUAUCUACUACUCACCUACCCUCUUCAAGACCAUGGGCUUGGACUACGAGAUGCAGCUUACCAUGUCUGGUGUCCUCAACAUCUGUCAAGUCAUUGCUUGCCUCUGGGCACUCUGGGGCAUGGAUCGCUUCGGUCGCAGACAGUUGCUACUCUACGGUGGUGUCUGCAUGUUCAUCGCACAUUUCAUCAUUGCAAUCUUGGUCGGAUUGUACCAUGACUCCUGGCCUACUCACUCCACUGAAGGUUGGGUCGCUACUGCCAUGCUGCUCUUCUUCAUGCUGUCUUUCGGAGCCACCUGGGGCCCCAUUCCCUGGGCGAUGCCAGCAGAAGUCUUCCCAUCCUCCAUCAGAGCAAAGGGCUGCGCACAAGCAACAAUGUCAAACUGGGGCAACAACUUCAUCAUCGGUCUCAUCACCCCUCCCAUGAUCGAAGGCAUCGGUUUCGGCACCUACGUCUUCUUCGGCGUGUUUUGUUUGAUCGCAUUGGUCUGGGUGUGGUUUUUCAUCCCCGAGACCAAUGGCAGAACACUUGAGCAGAUGGAUUAUGUGUUCAAGGAUACACAGACGAAUGAGGAAAAGCAGCGUCGUGCGAGAAUCGAGGCUGGUAUGAUCAACAGGGUCAACGAGGUUGUUCGCAGUAACUCGAUUACGGCUGUGUGAGAGAUGUCCAAGCGGGUAUUGGAUCAUGAUAUAUAUGGAUAAGGAUAUGGUG